UAUAGCUGUCUAGCUGUCACCUCAACAACACAGCAACAACCUGGUUCUACAGUGUUACAUCUGAGGAGACCAGUGAAUAACAGGGGACCAUGGCUGCAACACUGCUUCCGUUUCUGAUGAAGAUAAAACAUCGUAGUGAUGCUGUUCUCUCUUUACUUACAGAUACUAUGGAACUCUCUGAUGCUCUGUGUGGCUGUCCGUCCUCUGGUUAUACCCCCCAGGGAAGCAACGGUAUCUGGCCCAGUCAGAAGCAACCAGGGGGUCUUGUCUGGUCGACACAGCCUGGCCAACAGCCCACCCAACCCCAGGCCAUGCCCUGCUUUCCUGGGCAGCCCAGCACCCCCUGCUGGCCUGGUCCACAACCAUCCCAACCAGCCCCAACUCCGGCUCAACCUCAGCCAAUGCCCUGUUUUCCUGGGCAGCCCAACACCCCCUGCUGGCCUGGGCUACAGCCAUCCCAACCAGCCACAGCUCCAACCCAAAACUGGAACUGGCCUGGUCCGCAACCAUCCCAACCAGCCCCAGCUCCAUCCCUAAACUGGCCUGGUCCCCAACCACAACCAUCCCCAGCCCAUCCCUGCCAGCCAUGCUGGCCUGGACCCCAUCCCCAGCCUCCCCAAUUCCAGCCUCAGCCUACACCCCAGCAUUUUCAACCUCAAGGCCCAGCUCUGAUUCAAGCCCAGGCCCAGGGCCCCAGUCAGCCUAGUGUUCCAGGGUGGCCAGUCCCAGGCGUUAACCCAGGGUCUGGAUGGCCAUUAGGCCCUGUUCAGGACACAGAUGGCUUCACACCUGCUCCACAGUGGAAUCCGACACCAGCUGGACUGAGCGUGCCCUACAACCUGAACCUACAAAGAGGCAUCUACGACAAGAUGAUGAUCACCAUCAUGGGCCGGAUCAAACCAAAUGCUAAGCAGUUCACAGUCAACUUCCUGCGAGGUAAAGACAUCGCCUUCCACCUCAACUCUCGGUUCAGUGAGGGGGGCAAGCAGGCAGUGGUGAGGAACACCAAGGUGGGAGAGCGCUGGGGGAAGGAGGAGAGGCACACACAAGGAAGUUUCCCCUUCAUGGCAGGACAGUCCUUUGAGAUGAAGAUUCUGGUUACGUCUGAGGAGUUCAAGGUGGCUGUGAACGGAGCUCAGCUGUUUGAGUUCAAACACCGCGUCAGAGAACUCAGCCAGAUCGAUCGCGUCAACAUCCUCUAUGAUGUCAUCCUCACCUCCAUCAACGUAGACACAAUGCCAUGACACCCACACACAGUAUAUAACACUCAGCAGAGGCUACAUGCAUAACUUGGCAUCAAUCUGCAUUUGUCUUUGCACCCGUUUUAUGAUGAUGAUCAUGAGCUGUACACUUAAAACCACAUUAAUUCCCACUAACAAAACACUCCAUCUGCAAAUGUGUGUAAUGUUAAAGGCCUAAGAAUUCAACACUGCCAUCUAAUUGUAAUUCUUAUAUUUCAUAUAACUAUUUUCUGAUGGAUGUCUAUAUAAAUAUACAUACUUUAGGACUUUGAACUGGCUAAAGAUAUCAGUAGCUACAGAACGUCUCUAUAUGAGAGGAUUCAGCGUCCUUCAGAGGUCGAUUUUAGAAUCUAACCAGCUGGGUUAACUUUUGCCACUGUAAAUCAGUUGGUAGAGUAUGGCGCUUGCAACGCCAGGGUUGUGGGUUCGAUACCCAUGGGGGAACAGUAUGGUAAAAAAAAGUAUGAAAAUGUAUGCACGCACUACUAUAAGUCUAAAUGCUAAAUGACUAAAUGACUAAAAUGUCAAUGUAAAAUUGUAUG